UUCAGAUUUGUUUUUCUGGUGAAAAUGAAAACUAACAAGUGACGAUAAUUUAUUUAUUAUAGUUAUUUCGGUGAGAAGCUCAGGUUGUUAAAAUGCCGGAAAAUGGUUUGAAAGUUUGUCCUGGCAUCCAAACCCUCGACUCGUGUACCCUGGGCUCUGACGAAAAAAUUCGUCGGUCGUCAUCGAGCUUUUUGCCGGCCAGAGUGACGCUUACGAACAGUGAUCUGGCUCGCCGCUCUCUUCAGCCUAAAUCAAGGGAUCGAUUAAAUACAUUCAAUGGAGACGGAUUUCUCAAGGAAGGAUCACACUCGUUCAAGGAGCGCCGCCACAGUGUAGGAGGUGGGUCUGAUGAUACUCCUGGUAGACUACGAAGGAGUAGGAGUACUCUCACUGGUUGGAGUUCUGGAACUAUUAUUCAGGAGUCUCCAACUAACAGGAUGCUUUCAGGGGACUCUCCUAAUCCACUCUUACCCCCUAAAGAUACUUUCCUUCAGAUCAGAAACUUGCGCUCUAAACCAAAGGAUGGUUUCGGUGAGAUCCCUGUUAUCUAUAUCAGGGGAGGCUGUAAGGGAUAUGGCCGAGGUCCAAAUAAGAAGAAUAUUCUGAACAACCUCAACAUAACUGUAAACAAAGGAGAGAUUUAUGGACUGUUGGGAGCUAGUGGAUGCGGGAAAACAACACUUCUGUCCAUUAUUGUAGGACGACGACAUUUAGACAGCGGGAGUUUACGGGUGUUUGGAGGUAUACCAGGAGACUCGAUUUCAGGGAUACCUGGGCCCAGGGUUGGAUAUAUGCCACAGGAACUAGCAUUGUACGAGGAGUUUACUGUUGAAGAAACAGCUCUUUACUUUGGCAGAAUAUAUGGGAUGUCUGUUAAACAGAUAAAACUUCAGCUGGAGUUUUUAAUGAGUCUAUUAGAUCUUCCCCACGACAAGCGAAAUCUUUCUUCAUUCAGUGGAGGUCAACAACGUCGGGUUUCCUUUCUUAUAUCCUUGUUAGCUGAUCCUGAACUCCUUAUCCUAGACGAACCUACCGUAGGCGUAGAUCCAUUGCUGAGACAAAACAUCUGGAACCAUCUCCUUCAUCUCGCAAGUCAAAGGAGAAAAACUAUUCUUAUAACAACGCAUUAUAUAGACGAGACUAAACAGGCCUCUAAAGUUGGGAUGUUAAGCGGAGGACGACUUUUAGCCGAGGAUUCACCUGGCUCACUUCUCCGCUCUUAUCAGCUAGAUAAUCUUGAAGAUGUGUUCCUUAUCCUUUGUCAACGUGAGAGGGAUAGCCAGGAAAGCUUAAACGAGACACAGCCAAGUUUGAAUCAAACCAAACCAUCAUUCAACCAAACCAAACCAUCAUUCAACCAAACCCAACCGUUCACCCCAUCCUUUGCAUCCACGCAAAAACUAAAGAACGAUAUUUUUGCAACCUCUAAAGUUGUUUCAAGAUUAGCUCCAGGUCUCACGGAUCCUAAUGGUCUUGAUAUCUCAGAUGUGAAUAGCGAACUCGAGUACUUUGACAGUCAAAUGAAAGAAAAAAGGAUGAAGGAUCAAUCUUGUUUCCCAGCCUGCCCAUCAAAUUCCUACUUCCCGCCAUCCAGGUCAAAAUAUCUUUAUAUUCCUACUUCCCGCCAUCCAGGUCAAAACAUCUUUAUAUUCCUACUCCCCGCCAUCCAGGUCAAAAUAUCUUUAUAUUCCUACUUCCCGCCAUCCAGGUCAAAACAUCUUUAUAUGCCUACUCCCCGCCAUCCAGGUCAAAAUAUCUUUAUAUUCCUACUUCCCGCCAUCCAGGUUGUGUUUUUCUGUGUUGCUAUUGGUCAGGAACCUGCAAAUCUCAGACUAGGAGUUGUUAACGAGGAAUCCUUCAACUGCUCUGAUGUGUCUACAGGAUGUUCUCUCAGUGAGCUUAGUUGUAGAUAUCUUCAAGUUCUUGAAACAAGAAUUCAGAUAACAAGGUUUGAUAACUCCAGUUUAGCUGAAGUUGAAGCUGAAAAUGGAGAUAUUUGGGGGGUCAUUCAAUUCAAGGCCAAUUUCUCAUCUGCAUAUGUGGCAAGAAUCUCAUCACCCAUAGAUGUGGACAAACAGACGCUAACCGACAGCAGUUUGGAUAUCCGGCUUGAUAUGUCAAAUCAACAGGUUGCAUUAACACUCCAGAACAUGAUUCUUCAAUCCUUUGAUAAUUUUACUAAAUCAGUUCUACGCGACUGCAGUUACCCAGAGGAGGCAGCAUCUUUACCCAUUCACUGGGGAGAACCUUACUAUGGAGGGAAGAAUCCUAGUUUUACCGAAUUCAUGGCUCCUGGUAUCAUUAUUCUCAUCAUUUACUUUCUAGCCGUAGCGCUCACAGGUGAAGCAUUUAUAUCCGAGAGAAGUUCAGGGAUACUGGAUCGAUCUUGGAUCGCUGGAGUAAAACCAUCAGAGAUUAUNAAAAUACACAGGUUCAUGAGAUUAAUCUCUAGUUAUAUUAUAGGGUUCAUGAGUUUAAUCUCUAGAUAUAUUGGUUUGGCUGGCAUGAGUUUUGGUUUUUUAAUCUCUGCACUCUGUGACUCUCAAGCAGUAGCAAUGCAGCUUUCUAUUGGAUCCUUCUAUCCUAACCUUCUUCUAAGUGGUAUUCUAUGGCCGUUAGAAGGAAUGCCUGAUGCUCUACGUCAGAUCUCUCUGUUUCUACCUAAUACCUAUCCUUGUCAGGCCAUGAGGGAUAUUAUGUUGCGAGGUUGGGAUAUAGAGAGGGAAGCAGUUUAUAUGGGGGUAGUUGUUUCUCUGGUCUGGAUAUUCAUAUUCCUCAGUCUGAGCUGGGUAGCAGUCAGGGUUAGAUUAUAGGACAUAAAUCUACCUUCAAAUCUUCUAUCAAAAUCUACCUGCUAUCAAAUCUUCUAUCAAAGUCUACCUGCUAUCAAAUCUUCUAACAAAGUCUACCUGCUAUUUAAUCUUCUAACGAAGUCUACCUGCCAUCAAAUCUACUAAAGAAGUCAACCCUGAAAGGAUAUUGUAGAACUAAAUCAACCCGGUAUAUUUAGUGAAAAAAGUUGAUUUAAUCCACUAAAAAUUAAGUGUUUUAGUUGAAGUAUGGAAAAAAUGCCGAGAUUCUUGUCUGAGUUUUACAAUAUACAAAAAAUAAAAAGUUUAAAAGUUAAA